GCAGAGCCAGCCUCUGUAGAAGAUGAGACGACCUUCAAGGUGCAACCUUCAAAGGCUCUUUCUGAGCCUUAUGGUAAGUGGGUCUUGGCCCCCUGUAGACCAGCAGUGGGAGGACCCCGUAUUAAGAGCUCAUAGAGCCUUUCUGCCCGUGGAUGCUGCCUAGUAAGCGUCGUUGACCUCUCCCCGCCCCCUCCACUGCCGUCAUGUCUAAGUCAGAGUCUCCCAAAGAGCCCGAACAGCUGCGGAAGCUCUUCAUCAGAGGUUUGAGCUUUGAAACAAGUGAUGACAGUCUGAGGAGCCACUGUGAGCCGUGGAGAACGCUCACAGACUGUGUGGUAACGAGGGAUCCAAACACUAGGUGCUCCAGAGGCUUCGGGUUUGUCACAUAUGCCGCUGUGGAGGAGGUAGAUGCGGCCAUGAAUGCAAGGCCACACGAGGUGGAUGGAAGAGUGGUGGAACCAAAGAGGGCCGUCUCCAGAGAAGAUUCUCAAAGACCUGGUGCCCACUUCACUGUGAAAAAGAUUUCUGUUGGUGGCAUUAAAGAAGACACUGAAGAACAUCACCUAAGAGAUUGUUUUGAACAGUAUGGGAAAACUGAAGUGAUUGAAAUCAUGACUGACUGAGGCAGUCACAAAAAGAGAGGCUUUGCUUUUGGAACCUUUGAUGACCAUGACUCUGUAGACAAGAUUGUCAUGCAGAAAUACCACACUGUGAAUGGCUACAACUGUGAAGUAAGGAAAGCCCUGUCUCAGCAAGAGAUGGCUGGUGCCUCAUCCAGCCAAAGAGGUCGAAGCGGUUCUGGAAACUUUGGUGGUGGUCAUGGAGGAAACUUCAGUGGUCGAGGUGGCUUUGGUGGCAGCCGUGGUGCUGGGGGAUAUGGUGGCAGUGGGGAUGGCUAUAAUGGAUUUGGUAAUGAUGGAAGCAAUUUUGGAGGUGGUGGAAGCUACAAUGAUUCUGGCAGUUACAACAAUCAAACUCCAAAUUUUGGACCCAUGAAAGGAGGAAACUUUGGAGGCAGAAGUUCUGGCCCCUAUGGUGGUGGAGGCCCAUACUUUGCCAAACCCCGAAACCAAGGUGGCUUUGGUGGUUCCAGCAGCAGCAGUAGCUACGGCAGUGGCAGAAGGUUCUGAUUACUGCCAGGGAGGAGUGUGCUACGACAGGCUUAUCAACUCUUAAAAAACAAAAUUCCAGUUCAAGCUCAUGGCUAAAGGGAGCGUCCUUAUGAGGACCUUUAUCUGAGCCACUGUGCACUUCAUUUUCACUGCCAUGCAGUAGUCAUUAGCUGCUAUGCAGCUCGAAUUAAUCAUUCAAUUUUGUGAAUGGACUUUUUCAAAAUAAAAUGCAUUUAAUUUGGGGAAAAAAAAAAAAA